AAAAUCAUCGCCCUGCUGUAAUGUCAAAGAGUGAACAAACAACCUUCAUUUUUGUAAAAUUUUCGGAUAAACCCAAGGAAUUGAAUUUUGACAAAAAUGCAUUUGAAAAUGCAUCUUCUCUUAAUGCUGUAACAUCAAAUAUUUUAUGGGAAUUCACUCAAAAAACACCAUUAAAUAAUAUCAAUAUUAAAACUUUUAUAACGUUCAUAGUUACGAAAUCGCUAGUUCAUCUCGUAAUAUCACCUGAAAAUGCUUUGAGCUGGUUUGCAAAGGCAUUAGAACAAGUUUUUGUAAAAAAAAUUGUCGACAAAUACUGCGAAGAUGCAAACAACGAAAUAAAUGAAUUUAAAAUUAAGAAGAUUCGAAAAAGGUUUCGGGCAACUGAACCUAUUUUUGAUUAUUUACCACCUUUAUCUUGUAAAAUAGUUUUGCUAGUUAAGAGUCUUGGGCAACCGGACUUUUAUCCUAGUUGCCCACGAUCAACAGAGGCAUCAACAAUUAAUAAAGUUUGUGCAUCUGGUAUGAAGGCUGUCAUAUUGGCUGCUCAAAAUUUGGCUCUUGGUGAUAGAUCAAUAAUGAUUGCUGGUGGUAUGGAAAGUAUGUCUAAUAUUCCAUUCUAUUCACCGAGAAAUGCCGUUUAUGGUCAUCAAAUUUUAGCCGAUGGAAUAAUUAAAGACGGUUUAUGGGAUGUCUAUAAUCAAAUACAGGAAGUUCAAGAUAUGCAUGCCAUUGAAUCAUAUAGACGUGCUGAUGAAGCUUGGAAGAGUGGUGUUUUCAAAACUGAAGUUGUGCCCGUAAAAAUCAAAGAUCGCAAAAAAGAAAUAGUAGUUGAUGAAGAUGAAGAAUAUAAGAAU